CACGGGAAACAACUCCCACCACCUCUUCCCUCUCUCGCUCUGUCGGCCUCUUUCGCCUCUCGCUAUAAGGAGCCCGCGGAUUAGGGCUUCGGGCUCGAUUCCUUUGUGCUUGGGGAUUUUUGAGGGAAUAGUCGAGGGAUUUCGUCGAGGCGGUGGAGAGGAAGAGCUCUGGUUCUGAUUCGGUACGUCGAGGGGCCGGAUCUUGCGGAGUGCGAGUGGCGGCAGUACAGGAAGCGAGGACGAGGAGGAGGAGGAGAAAGAUGAUGUGGCGGCCUAGCUAUCCCUGGUUAUGAUCUUAGCGGAAACGGCGUCCUCGUGGCUCGUUUUGCGUUGAGGGACUGCGAGUGCAUUCAGGAUUGGAUCUUGUCUGUCUGCCUUUGGGAAGAUCCGUGCGGGGUAGCGCGGGACUGGGGGAUUGUGAUCCGGAGCUGGGACCGGUGGGGCAAAUGCGGCUGAUCUUUUAGAGAUCCGUUCUUUUUGAGCUCAAUCUCGUGCUGAGUUUUACGGAGUGCGUGAAAAGGAGAGAGAGGUGAUAGUGGAGAAAGAGAGGAGGAGGAGGAGAAAAGAGGAAGAAGCUUGGAUUUAUUCGUCAGGACGGCCAAGUGCUAAGCCGUAAAAAUGCAGCAAGAUCAGCGGAAAAAGAAUUCACCAGAAUUGGACUUUUUCAGUGAAUAUGGGGAUGCCAAUAGAUACAAAAUUCAGGAGGUUAUUGGCAAAGGUAGCUACGGAGUGGUUUGUUCAGCAAUUGAUACACAUACUGGCGAGAAGGUGGCAAUCAAGAAGAUACAUGAUAUUUUUGAACACAUCUCUGAUGCUGUUAGAAUCCUUCGUGAGAUCAAACUUCUUCGUCUUCUAAGACAUCCUGAUAUAGUGGAGAUAAAGCACAUUGUAUUGCCACCGUCAAGGAGGGAAUUCAAAGAUAUUUAUGUUGUUUUUGAGCUCAUGGAGUCAGAUCUUCACCAAGUUAUCAAGGCAAAUGAUGACUUAACAAGAGAACAUUAUCAGUUUUUUCUUUAUCAGCUGCUUCGUGCACUAAAAUAUAUCCACACAGCUAAUGUGUAUCAUCGUGAUUUAAAGCCAAAAAACAUAUUAGCAAAUGCAAACUGCAAACUGAAAAUUUGUGACUUUGGACUAGCAAGAGCCGCAUUUAGUGAUACACCCACAACAAUAUUUUGGACGGAUUAUGUCGCAACCAGGUGGUAUAGGGCUCCUGAGUUAUGUGGAUCAUUCUUUUCAAAGUAUACCCCUGCUAUCGAUAUUUGGAGCAUUGGUUGCAUUUUUGCUGAGGUAUUGACAGGCAAGCCUCUUUUCCCUGGCAAAAAUGUGGUUCAUCAGUUGGAUUUGAUGACUGAUCUUCUGGGGACACCUUCCUUAGACACAAUUUCUAGGGUCCGGAAUGAGAAGGCAAGGAGGUACUUGGGCAGCAUGAGGAAAAAACAGCCUGUACCAUUUGCACAAAAGUUCCCAAAUGCAGAUCCUUUGGCAUUGAAACUUCUAGAGAGGCUUUUAGCAUUUGACCCUAAGGACCGGCCAACAGCUGAAGAGGCAUUGGCUGAUCCGUAUUUUAAAGGUCUUGCCAAGGUAGAGAGAGAACCAUCUUGCCAGCCAAUCACAAAGAUGGAGUUUGAGUUCGAGCGACGAAGGUUGACCAAAGAGGACAUACGAGAACUUAUCUUCCGUGAGAUAUUAGAAUAUCAUCCUCAGUUGCUCCAGGACUACAUUAAUGGAACUGAAAGGACGAACUUCCUAUAUCCUAGUGCUGUUGAUCAGUUUAGAAAGCAAUUUGCUCACCUCGAGGAGAAUGGCGGUAAAAAUGGGCCUGUAAUUCCAUUAGACAGGAAGCAUGUUUCUCUCCCUAGGUCUACGGUGGUUCACUCUACAACCACCCCCCCAACCGACCAACCAAACAUGAGUUCUUCGAGAGAUAGGCAAGGCACAGAUGAGGCAUGCAAGAACACUCGAGACAUCGAAAAGUCAUACGGAAGCAUAGCAAGGGCUUCACAGGUGGCACAAAGGAUUUCUACUGCUAGACCAGGAAAAGUUGUUGGUCCGGUGAUGCCAUACGAAAGUGGAAGUGUGAAGGAUGCUUAUGAUCCAAGACGGUACAUCAGGAAUGCAGUUCUUCCGCAGCAACCUGUCAUUCCUCCAGCAUACUGUCAUCACGGUAGUGCAGGAAACUUGGAGGCUGAUCGGGAAUCCAUGCAGCAUAAGUCGCCACAACCAUGCAUGCCCGGGAAGGUGUCUCCAGACAUAGCUCUUGACAUGAGAGCUUCCCCCUUCUAUCUCUCAGCAGCCACGGCUGAGCCAGCCGAGAGGAACACUGUGGCGGCAAGCCUGUUGCAGGUGAAAUCCCCCUUCAAUGGGAUUGUCGCAGCUGCUGGUGCUGGUGCUGGUCAUAGAAAUGUUGGCACCGUUCAGUUCGGCAUGACAAGCAUGUACUAAGCACCGACAGGGGGGACUGUUCCUCGCACUCUAAUAUUCCAUACAGACGUAAAAGAUAGCCUACAGGGAGAUGACGAUGCAGAGGAUAGAGGAUAAAAUGACGAGACUGGGCAAGAGCGAUGAGAGCUUCCACUUCGCACUUGCAAUUUGUGCUGCGUACUGUAAAUGACGGAACACUAAGAAAGGAUGGCAUGUAAGCACAGCUCUCGUGGAACUGUUCAUCUUCGCUUACAGUUUGAAAUUGUUUCUUGUUUGACUUCUUUACUCUCUCCUCUCUCUCUCUCUCAUCAGAUAUUCUUUUAAUCUUUAGUUCUCUUUUUCCAUA